AUGGCAGCAAUACGUCGCUCUCAGUGUUUCGCGGCGUUGGGGUUGGCACUGCUUGCCACCCCGAAUUUCGUCCAUGGCGAGUGCGCGUCGGGGUCCUCAACAUUGACAACAGAGGGCUGUUCGGGGUGUGGCAUUUACGAUGUGUGUCUCGGAUUCACGUCCGAGAACGAGUGUUCAGGCUCAGGCUGUGAAACGGAUGGGGACUGCACAUACCAGUGCAUGGCCAUAGAUGGUAACCUUACCGUGGAGGUGCUGUUGAUUGAGUUUGGUGGGUUUAAAAGCGCCCAGGAAACGGCAAUGGGGGGCUACAGCGCUGCAGAUUUGGCCAGCUACCCGGACUUCACAGAUACGUGGCCCUCAGCUAGCAAUGACGACGUCGCUGCCAUCGGAACGAUCGAGGUAUCCGAUGCAGUUGAAACCUUCAUCGUGUCGGGAGGAAACUCUGAUGUCAACUAUCCACAAGGAAAGGUGUCGAGUGUGACCAUAAUGUCGGACUUUAUUUCGUCGGCGACAGCAGUGACGCGCGUCGUACUACAGAAUAUUGGACUGUCGGACCAAGCCAACGAUCUCCCAGGCUUUCUACCGUCGACAGUGAAAAAUCUCGAACUGACCAACACGCUACUAGCGAAAUUUCCGGCGAAUCUGGCAAAAAUUGCAGCACUGGAACAGCUGCUUCUGGACUUCAACUACAUCACGACUGUGGAUACCUUGGACGUGAUCGAUUCCAUUACCACGUUGAGUCUAGAGCGCAACAGUAUUAAAACCUUCACCGGCGUCUUCACCAACCUUGAAUACCUAUUUCUUGGAGAGAACAACUUGACCAGUAUCCCCACUUCCAUCUACAAGCAUUUCUAUCUGAAGACACUAAACAUGACAGGAAAUCCUUUCAAGGUUCGAGAAUUCACUCGUGACCAGGCUGAUUUCUUGAACAAUCUGGAGACGUUGUAUCUCUCCGCUUCUGAUUUUACUGUGGGACUUGAGUGCGACGAUAGCGAACAAGUGGCUAUCCACGACGUCACGGUGUGUCUUGGCUCUGGCAUCACUGCUUCUUCCACAGAUACCAGUGCCGAUACAACCAGCACUACAUCUUCUUCGUCAUCGACCGGUCUGAUCGUGGGGAUAGUUUGUGGAGUGUUCGUCUUAAUAUUCGGAGUGUUUCUCUUCGUCUUCUACCGUCGAAAGCGGAGGAACGCUGCAAGGCAUAAGCUGGACGACCCCUUCGGGUUUACCGGCACACGUUUACCGUCGAUCGACAGCGACCUUGUCCUACAGCAAUCGUACGGUGGUCUGAGGACUUCAGCGGUCUUCGGUAUGGAUAUCCCGAUGACAUCUACCGAGUUCUCGAUGGCCAAUCGGACAGGGGGAGGUAACGAGGAGGACAGUAUGGGAAUCCCUACGUCUGUGGAUGGUAGUAUGGGUAUUCCCACAUCGAACCAAGGCUCUUCUGCGUAUCCUUCCUCAAUGCCAACAGAGGAGGCAGAGGCUAGGAACCCGAAUAGGUUCAUGUCGAUCUGGAACGAUCCUGAUCUUCUGUCGUUACAAGUGCGUGCAGCUGAUGUAAAGGACCUCAAACAACUCGGAGGUGGUGCGUUCGCUAUUGUUUGGCUGGUGAACUAUCGAGAUUCACAGCUGUUAGCGUCAAAGCGACUUCGACCGGACAGACGGACCAAGAAACACACAGCAAUGUUCAUCGAAGAGAUUAAGCUUAUUGCCCAAUUUGAUCACCCGAGUCUUGUCAAUUUCGUCGGCGCAGCAUGGACGAUCGAGAGCGAUCUGCAGAUGCUGCUCGAGUAUAUGGACGGAGGCGAUCUCCGACGUUACUUGGCAGGUUCUCAGACUCCUGUGGGCUGGACAAGGAGGAAGUUUGAUAUCGCUAUCGGAGUCGUUGAGGCAUUAGUGUAUCUACAUUCGUUCGAGCCUCCGUUAGUUCAUCGCGACUUAAAGUCGAAAAAUGUGCUUCUUUCGUCGGAUUUUAAGGCCAAGCUGAGCGAUUUCGGCGCUUCACGAUUCCGAUCUGUGGAGAAUACCAUGACCGGUGGUGUAGGGACUGGUCGAUGGCUGGCUCCCGAGGUGAUUCGAGGUGAUACGGACUACGGUUCGGCUGCAGAUAUCUACAGCUUCGGCGCACUCCUCACUGAAUUGGACACCAACAAGAUCCCGUACAGCAACGCACGCGGGUCGAAUGGCAAGAUCCUGUCGGAUAUGACGAUUCUUCACCGUGUAGCAACAGGAAAGUUGCACCCCGAGGUGGGGUCGGAUUGUCUACCAGCUCUGAAAGACCUGGUGGAACGGUGUCUUGUUGCAGAUCCGACCAAGCGACCAGCGGCGUCGAUCAUUGCAUAUGAGUUGCGACUGAUUAAGAAGGACAUGGCAGCAGUAUUCGCGUCACAGUCAGCCGACUUGAGCCUUAGUGAGCUCAGUUGA